CUUCAGUUAACGCGCGGCGCUUGAGUUCGUUGGAUCGAGCUGAAAACCAAAACGGAACUGAAUGUGGACCAACAUGAUAAUCAAAAGAUAUUAGCUUAGCACUAAAGAUUGUGAGUGCAGUGAAUAAAAAGAAUUACAUUCGAAAAUUUAAAAACAAUUUACAUAUAAAAGAAAAAAAUAUUAUUUAUUUUAUUACAUGUGAUGUGGUGUUGAUAUUUAUAAAAUAUUAAACAUUUUAAAAUUUAUCACAGCAAAAAAAUUAAAUUAUUAAAUUACAACUAACGACAAUUUAAUAUUUCAGAGAAGAAUUUAAUCAAAAGUUGGCUGCGAGUUUACCUUGUGUGCUGCAGCAGGUUGCAUUUUAAAUAAACGACAAGGCAAGUGGAAGAGGCCAACAUGUCGCAACAUUUCACAUCGAUAUUUGAGAACCUGCGCUUUGUGACCAUCAAACGUACUCCAAAUGCGCAACAACAGCAGCAGCAGCAGCAACAGUCGCCGCUGCCCACGGCAAGAGCAACAACAGUCGAACAAAACAAAAUCAAAGUCAAGGCACAAGCAGCGCCACAGUUAAAUGGCAAUGGGCUCUUGAGCACAAAUCUUGAGGGCAUCUCGACUGCCUGCCAUGAAGUGGACCACAACAACAGUCGUGCCGUGUCGGAUGGAGCAUCCGGCAGUGGUCUGAACAGUGGCACGCCCUUGAAGCACCCCAAACGGACCAGCAUCUCGACAGUAUCACCGCAAGCGGGAAGAGAACGUCGCGGCACCAACACCAGCAUUGUUGUCGAGCUGGAGGAUGGCCCGGCAUCAGCAGCGGCAACUGGAGCUGGGCAGGGGCCAAGCGCUGUGGCUGCUGUUGCUGCCGCCUCGGGCAGCGGCACGGCGUCCAGCAAAAGUUCGCGCGAACUUUCACCCACGCCGAAAAACCAACAGCCAAGAAAAAUGUCACAGGAUUAUCGGUCGCGUGCCGGCAGCUUCAUGCAUCUGGACGACGAGGGACGCAGUCUAUUGAUGCGUAAGCCGAUGCGUUUAAAGAACAUUGAGGGCAGACCCGAGGUAUACGAUACGCUGCACAGCAAAGGACGCGAGAUAUUGUCCUGCACGAGAGCCACCUGUACGAGUAGCAUCAUGAACAUCGGCAAUGCCGCUGUGGAAGCACGCAAAUCCGACUUGGUGCUGGAGCAUGCCAAGGAUUUUCUGGAUCAGUAUUUCACCUCCAUUAAGCGCUCAUCGUCGGCAGCACACGAAACACGCUGGAAACAGGUGCGACAGAGCAUCGAGACAACGGGACAUUAUCAGCUAACCGAAACGGAGCUAAUUUAUGGCGCCAAAUUAGCUUGGCGUAAUUCUUCUCGCUGCAUUGGUCGCAUCCAAUGGUCGAAGCUGCAGGUGUUUGAUUGUCGUUAUGUGACCACAACCAGUGGCAUGUUUGAAGCAAUUUGUAAUCACAUCAAGUAUGCAACCAAUAAAGGCAAUCUGAGAUCUGCCAUCACAAUAUUUCCACAGCGCACAGAUGCCAAGCAUGAUUAUCGCAUCUGGAAUAAUCAGCUUAUCUCUUACGCUGGCUAUAAGCAAACGGAUGGCAAAAUCAUCGGUGAUCCCAUGAACGUGGAGUUCACAGAGGUCUGCACUAAGCUGGGGUGGAAGGGCAAGGGCAGCGAAUGGGACAUUUUGCCCCUGGUUGUCUCGGCCAAUGGUCAUGAUCCCGACUACUUUGAUUACCCGCCAGAGUUGAUACUCGAGGUGCCGCUAAGUCAUCCCAAAUUCGAGUGGUUUAGUGAUUUGGGUUUGCGUUGGUACGCGUUGCCCGCCGUGUCGAGCAUGCUCUUCGAUGUGGGCGGCAUUCAGUUUACGGCGACCACAUUUAGCGGUUGGUACAUGUCAACGGAGAUUGGCUGCCGGAAUUUAUGCGACACAAAUCGUCGCAAUAUGCUAGAGACGGUGGCGCUGAAAAUGAAUUUGGAUACGCGAACUCCGACCUCGUUGUGGAAGGACAAGGCUGUGGUGGAAAUGAAUAUUGCGGUGCUGCAUUCGUAUCAAAGCCGCAAUGUGACCAUUGUGGAUCAUCACACGGCCAGUGAGAGUUUUAUGAAGCAUUUCGAAAACGAGUCAAAGCUACGGAAUGGCUGCCCGGCAGACUGGAUUUGGAUUGUGCCACCACUAUCGGGCUCAAUAACGCCGGUGUUUCAUCAGGAGAUGGCGCUGUACUAUUUGAAGCCCUCGUUUGAAUAUCAGGACCCCGCUUGGCGCACGCACGUCUGGAAGAAGGGACGUGGCGAGAGCAAAGGCAAAAAGCCAAGACGAAAAUUCAAUUUUAAACAAAUCGCUCGGGCUGUGAAAUUUACAUCGAAAUUAUUUGGACGCGCUCUAUCGAAACGCAUCAAAGCAACAGUGCUAUAUGCAACAGAAACGGGCAAAUCGGAGCAAUAUGCGAAGCAAUUAUGCGAACUACUGGGACAUGCUUUCAAUGCGCAGAUAUAUUGCAUGUCGGACUAUGAUAUAUCCUCCAUUGAGCACGAGGCGUUGCUAAUUGUGGUUGCCUCGACCUUUGGCAACGGAGAUCCGCCGGAAAAUGGAGAGCUCUUCUCACAGGACUUGUAUGCGAUGCGAGUGCAGGAGUCGGGCGAACACGGUCUCCAGGAUUCCAGCAUGGGGGUCACCUCCUCCAAGUCCUUCAUGAAGGCCAGCUCUCGGCAGGACUUUAUGAAGCUGCCGCUGCAACAAGUCAAGAAAAUCGAUCGCUGGGACUCGCUGCGCGGCUCCACCUCGGACACCUUCACCGACGAGACCUUUGGACCGCUCUCGAAUGUCCGAUUCGCUGUCUUUGCCCUCGGCUCUUCGGCCUAUCCGAAUUUCUGCGCCUUUGGCCAGUAUGUGGAUAAUAUUCUGGGCGAAUUGGGUGGUGAGCGAUUGCUAAAGAUUGCCUAUGGCGAUGAGAUGUGCGGCCAGGAGCAAUCGUUUCGUAAAUGGGCACCAGAAGUAUUUAAGCUGGCUUGUGAAACGUUUUGCCUGGAUCCGGAUCAGAGUUUGUCGGAUGCUUCGUUGGCGCUGCAAAAUGAAUCGCUUACGGUGAACACAGUGCGCCUGGUACCUUCGGUGAGCAAGGUAUCGCUGGACAGCGCUCUAUCGAAGUAUCACAAUAAGAAGGUGCAUUGCUGCAAGAUCAAGGCACAACCACACAAUCUAACCAAGUUGAGCGAGGGUGCCAAGACUACGAUGCUGCUGGAGAUUUGUGCACCUGGACUCGAGUACGAACCAGGUGAUCAUGUGGGCAUCUUUCCGGCGAAUCGCUCGCCGCUUGUCGAGGGGCUGUUGGGACGUCUGGUGGGCGUGGAGAAUCCUGACGAAGUGCUGCAAUUGCAGCUGCUCAAAGAGAAGCAAACAUCGAAUGGCAUCUUCAAGUGCUGGGAGCCGCAUGAUAAAAUACCAGCCGAUACUUUACGUAAUCUGCUUGCGCGUUUCUUUGACCUGACGACGCCCCCUUCGAGGCAGCUGCUCACGCUGCUAGCGGGCUUCUGUGAUGACAAUGCGGACAAGGAGCGUCUGGAGUUGUUGGUCACGGACUCAUCGGCCUAUGAGGAUUGGCGGCACUGGCGUCUGCCUCAUCUACUCGACGUGCUCGAGGAGUUUCCCUCUUGCCGUCCACCAGCAUCGUUGGUGCUCGCCCAUUUGACGCCGCUGCAGCCGCGUUUCUAUUCGAUUUCAUCCUCGCCACGGCGAGUUAGCGAUGAGAUCCAUCUAACUGUGGCCAUUGUCAAGUAUCGCAGCGAAGAUGGCCAGGGCGAUGAACGUUUUGGUGUCUGCUCCAACUAUUUGGCAAGCUUGCGUUCGAAUGAUGAGCUCUUCAUGUUUGUGCGCAGCGCUUUGGGCUUCCAUUUGCCCACCGAUCGCAGUUGUCCGGUGGUUUUGAUUGGUCCUGGCACGGGAAUUGCGCCCUUUCGCUCCUUCUGGCAAGAGUUUCAAGUGCUGCGCGAAGUGGAUACGACAAUGGCGCUGCCUAAAGUCUGGCUAUUCUUUGGCUGUCGCAAUCGUGAUGUGGACUUGUAUGCCGAGGAAAAAACGCAACUGUUGCAGGAUCAAAUACUGGAUCGUGUAUUUCUCGCUUUGUCCCGCGAGUCCGACAUUCCCAAGACAUAUGUUCAGGAUCUGAUUGAGCAGGAAUUUGAUUCGUUGUACAAUUUGAUUGUGCUGCAGCGGGGACAUGUCUAUGUGUGUGGCGAUGUCACAAUGGCCGAGCAUGUUUACCAGACCAUCAGGAAAUGCAUUGCCGGCAAGGAGCAGAAGAGCGAGGCUGAAGUUGAGACAUUUUUGCUCACAUUACGCGACGAGAACCGGUAUCAUGAGGACAUCUUUGGCAUCACGCUGCGCACAGCCGAGAUUCACACAAAGUCACGUGCCACCGCAAGGAUUCGCAUGGCAUCGCAGCCAUAGUAAAAAGGGCAUCACAUGAAUAUCUCAACUCAACUCAACUUACUUAAACCGACACAAACCAAGAAUAAAAUGAGUUUACUUUGAACUAUUUGUGCAAGUGAUGUGAAUACAUAAAGUAUUAUGCAAACAAUAAUUAAUGCAGAUUCAACUUAUUUAACUAACGAAUCUUUUGUAGUUUUGUUUCGUUUCGAAUUUAACGUAUAUUCAAAUUUAUAUGAUAAUAUUAACACAAGCAAUAACUCCAAUUAAAUGCAAUAUAUUUUGAAUAACAGUCUACCCACCGCUUGCCCAAACGAAAACUUAUCAACUUCAUACUGUAAAUUCAUUAAAUUAUUUGCGAGGAAUUAUUACCCGAUAAGUAAACAAAUUGUGUUGAAUUUACCCUAAUAAUAAUUAAAGAGUAAAGAAUAAAGUAUUUUCGAUUGUCCAGAAUAUUUAAACAUAAUUAUAAUUAAAUUUACUUAUGCACUCAUUCGAUAUUCGACUGAUCUUUCGCCUAGUAAAUCGUUGUUAGUCUGUCAGUAAAUUGACUAAUCGAAUAUUCUUUAAAGUUGUUAUUCAUUAUUUUUGUGAGAUCUCCUUCGACGGCAUACAAAAAUAUUCAAAUUAUAAAACAACAAAAAAACGGUAUUGUUAUUUCUCUUAGUCAUAAUUGUAAAUGCAAUUUAAAAGUUAAAGCUUUAUUCACUACAGUAUGAAUAUCAAAUGCAAACAAAAAUGCAAACACUACUCACAAGUUUAUUAAAACUCUCGACUUAAUGUACAAACCAAAAAACCAAAAACAACAAAAAAAAUCAAAAUUUAAAAAUCUAAAUGUUUAAAUAUAAAAACUAUAAAUAUAUAUAUUUCAAUAAAUCAAAUCUACUGCAACAAAUCAAA